GGGCACAAGCGGCCCGGCUCCGUCUCCUCGUCGUCCUCGUCGUCGGGCGGCGGCGGCGCGGCGGGGGAGCACGACGGCGGCGCCAAGGAGAAGCGCGGCUCGGCCGAGAGCCUGCCGGCGGCGGCGGCGGCGGAGCUGGGCGCCGAGGGCAAGGGCCGAGCGGGCGGCGAGGAGUGGCUGGCCAAGCCCAAGACGGUGCGGGACACGCUGCUGGCCCUGCACCAGCACGGCGGGCACGCCGUGCCCCCCUUCGACAGCAAGUUCAAGAAGGAGCCGGGCAUGGCGGGCGGCCGGCUGCUGGGCUACGAGACCAAUGGGGCCGUGGCCAAGCCAGGGGCCCGGGCAGCCCGGAAGAGGAAGCCGUCCCCCGAGCCGGAGGGCGAGGCGGGACCCCCGAAGAUCAACGGGGAGGCGCAGCCCUGGCUGCCGACCUCGUCGGAAGGGAUGAAGAUGCCGCUGACGGCCACCUCCUUCAUGUCGCCCCCGCCGCCCACCGCCUCGCCCCACUCCAACCGGACCACGCCGCCCGAGGCGGCCCAGAACGGCCAGUCCCCUAUGGCUGCACUCAUUUUGGUGGCGGACAAUGCUGGGGGCAACCACGCCUCCAAAGAGGCCAACCAGGUCCACUCCACCACCAGGAGGAACAGCAGCAGCCCCCCCUCGCCCUCUGCCAUGAACCAAAGAAGGCUGGGCCCCGGCAGGGAGGUGCCGGGCCAGGGGGCCAACGCGGCGGGAGGGCUGGAGCCCGUGCACCCCGCCAGCCUGCCGGACUCGUCCCUCGCCGCCAGCGUCCCGUUGUGUUGUACCCUGUGCCACGAGCGCCUGGAAGACACCCAUUUUGUGCAGUGCCCCUCGGUCCCAUCCCACAAGUUCUGCUUCCCCUGCUCCCGGCAAAGCAUCAAGCAGCAGGGAGCCAGCGGGGAGGUGUAUUGUCCCAGCGGGGAGAAGUGUCCCCUGGUCGGCUCCAACGUCCCCUGGGCCUUCAUGCAGGGGGAGAUCGCCACCAUUCUGGCCGGAGAUGUGAAAGUCAAAAAGGAGAGAGACUCGUGACUUUGCCGGCCUCGCGGCCCGACGCCACCUUUAACUCAAACUGCUUGAAUUCUGUAUAUAUCUAUAAAUAUAUAUAUAUAAAUAUAUAUAUAUCUCCAAGACAAGGGAAAUGUAGACUUCAUAAACAUGGCUGUAUAAUUUUGAUUUUUUUGAAUACAUUGUGUUUCUAUAUUUUUUGAAGACAAAAGGUAUGUACUUAUUAUAAAGGCAUUUCUUCUAAUUCUUCUCCUUUUUUUCCCUUUUUUUUUUUGUUUUGUUUCCCCCCUUUUUUUCUUCCCUUUUGUUAUAGCAACUAUUUGUUGUGCUUCCCUGGUGACAGUUACUGUUCAAUGUAGGCUGUGACUUGCGCUGCUUUUUUUAGAGAGCACUUGGCAAACCAGAAAUGCUUCUAGCUGUAUUUGUAUGCACUUGUUUCUUUUUUUUUUCUUUUUUUCCUUUUUUUUUUUUUUUUUUUUAAAUGCCAAAUACACUUUCUGACAUUGUAAAGAUCGCCUUACUGUCUGUGAUUCCUUAUUCCUGGCCCCUGUUUCUGUAGAGCUGGUCGCAUGCAGGCUCGGUCCGAGGUGGUUGGGGAGCAGCGUGGCUAGCUGUGGCGGGGACGCUCUUUGCCACCCCGCGAGCCAGGCAAGCGUAGGGAGCACGAGGGGCUUCUCCCAGAAACGGCUGUCUCGUGUUGCGGCGGCAGAUCCGCCGGAUCGAGUCCAAAAUUCCUCUGUGUUUCUCAAGGGAAGUUGCCUUCAGAGUAGGAUGUGGAGAGGUGUCUGAGAGGCGCUGUUGAGUUAGGGAUUUCUGGGUUGGUUUGUUUUUGUUGUUCUUUUUUUUUUUUUUUUCUUUUAAGGCAAAGUUGACCGCAGUUCACGUGAUCAGUUGUAAGAUUACAAAACUGCAUUUGUUCACCAAUUGCAUACUAUAACGUGGAAUUUUGAUAGCCAGCCUAAUGACACGAUUGGUGAAUGCACCGACGUAGCACUGCCAUCUCUGAAGGUCUUCAGCGUCACUUAAGUUUUUUUUUGUGUCUUUGGACAAUGAUGGGGAUGUGGGGGAGAGACUGAUUUUUUUUUUUUUUUUUUUUCUAAUUUUACUUUUAAUUUUCAGAUAGUGCAGGUGGACUUUGAGUUUGCUUAUCAGUCACCUCUGGUGCUGUUGCUAUUGUUACUAUCGCUGACAUGGUGUUUCCAAGUAGUGGCAGGUACAGUGUGGUACAAUGACAGCAGUGACUGAGGUUCUGCCAGAUUGCCUGCGGGCAUAUCAGUGACAGCCCAAAUGUGGGUGGAGGAAACCUGUAAUUUCCUUAUUACGUGUGCUUGAAACAAACCUAAUGCUAUUCUUUGAAAAUGAAAAUAUAAACUGGUUGAAAUGAAAGCAAUUAGGGCUUCACAUCAUGGCCACGGCCCUGCCUUUUAAGCUACUUUGGAGAACUCUUUUGUAAAGCCACUUCUUUUGAUCACGCUUCUGCAUCACCAAGCAGACUUCUAAAAUCAAUAAAUCAUUGGUUACUAGAAAUAGUUGAGUCUUAUAGUGAUGUUUUUGUGCUGUUUAUAGUUCGUUGGCAACACUGCAGCUGGACGAGCCCUUCUGUUGAGGUGUUUAUAACUGGGUUAUAAGUGGUUGUUUCUGAGCAAAGGGGUGGCCAGGUCGUCCCUUCCCUGGGACAGGCUAAUAAACACUCUUGGUGCUAGAGGAGGAGGAGAAGGAGGAGGCAAAAUUUGUUCAGCCGACUUUAAUUUGAAGAAUUUUGGGUGCUUUUGAGUCAACUGUUCUUAUUGUGAUAAUGUUCAGACUGCAAUUUAAUGCAGAGUAGAUCUUUUUUGGAAGACUUUUUUUCUCUCUCUCUAAAGAAAUGGUCAUUAUUAGUAUUUGAAGAUCAGAUCUGCACAUGCACAGUAAUUUUUAUGAAGUGUUUAAUGAGCACACCCACUACAUUGUGUUCCAUAUUACAGGUCAAUGUAAUAUUAGAUAAGACUUGCAUGAUAAACAAAUUCAUUGAGUCAAUAUUACGCUUUAAAACUUAUACCUAUAGUCAAGAUUGGUGUCUUAUGUAAACACAUUUAGCCAAUUUGAAGAAAACGCACAUUAUAUAUAUAUAUACCUAUAUAUAUACCUAUAUAUAUAAAAACUGUAAAGGAUUCUUUGGAACCACUAUGAUCUGUGUAAAUGUGUAUUUAGGCACUUUAUUAAAAAAGAAAAUGGAUUUUGAGCUGA